AUGUCCGCCAGAACCGAUUUCCAACAUUAUCUUCAUGGAAAAAAGGGUGGGGAGAAUGUGCGACGCGCCGAGAGCCAAGAGGGCCAAGAGCUGACAGUCGCCAUGGAACUUGUUAGAAUAAAGCAAAAUGUGCUCUAUC